UCAAAGUUUAUCCAAUCCUCUGCCCGUUGCCGGCGUCUCAGUGGGCAGCCGCACGCAGCUUUGCUUCUCGCUGUCCGGGCCCCUUCUCUAUAAGAUGACCCGAGGCUUCUGUUUGCCGCGUACAGAUAGAAAGAAGAUAGAGGCCAUCGCCGGAGAAACCCAGCAACCAGAGCAAGUUGUCUCCCACACCGGCCAACUUCUUGCAAGAGAGGAAAGACAUCUACUAAUUAAGAGCGAGAGAGACAGAGAUGGGAAGAAGAAGAAGCAGCUCGGCGCUGCAACUGCUGCUGAUCUUCGGCGUCCUCGCCGUCGUCCUCGCAGCUCUUGCUCCCCUCGCCGAAUCCGGCAGCAGGCACCACCACCACCACGGCCACCACUCUCAUGUCCAAAACAGAGGGCACGGAGGAGAGGGAGAGCAAUCGACGUCGGCGGCGGCGGCGAAGGCGAGGGGGAGCGCGUGGCCGUGCUGCGACAGCUGCGGGGGCUGCACCAAGUCGGACUCGCCGCAGUGCCGGUGCAUGGACGCGGCGCCCGGCGGGUGCCACCCGGCGUGCCGGGACUGCGUCAAGUCCGCCCUCGCCGUGCACCCGCCCGUGUACCAGUGCAUGGACCGCGUCCCCAACUUCUGCCAGCGGCGCUGCAGCGCCAUCGCCGCCCACUGACCGGCCAGCUGACUGCUGACCAACCUCCCACCCCACCUACCGCCACCGGCGACGGACGAAUCUUGAUGGCAUCACGGCCAGAGAUGCCAGCCAGCCACUUUUUUUUUUGUUAAUUAGGCGCGGCUUGUCCUGUUGACUUGACUCUGUAACACGUAUGUCUCCUUGUGUAAAGUGGAGUAUAAACAAUCUGGACUUGGGUUUGUUUGA